AUGGGGGGAGUUCGAUCUGUUGCUGCUCUUGCCUUCGCCGGAGUCGUUGGCCUUACUUUCCUCGUUCUAGGAUGCGCUCUUCCAAUGUAUGGAACAUGGUCGCCGAUGUUCGUGAUUGCAUUCUACAUUCUCUCACCAGUACCUCUGCUUAUUGCAAGACGUUUCCAGGAAGACAUGACUGGAACAAACGCAUGCAUCGAAUUAGCCCUUUUCAUUACUACUGGAAUUGUCAUCUCCGCUUUUGCUCUUCCAGUUGUCUUAGCCCAUGCUGGAACGAUUAAGCACGGAGCAUGCUUCCUCAUCAACACUGGCUCAACUAUCAUGUUUGGCACUAUCAUCGCAUAUUUCUAUUUGCAUCGUGACGACGACAGUGGAAGCUGGAGCCAAUCUCUUUUCUAA